UUGUACCUUUUCAAAGAUUCAGCCGUGGAUGCUGUCUCCCAAAACAGCUUUUCCUGUUUUGUUACCGCCAAAAGGGCGGUGAUUAACAGUGCGCUGGUACAGUCUCACAAGGUUGACGCGCACUUUAUAAAUUGAAGUGCCGUUCUCAGGUUCUGGUAUAGCUCAUAAUCAAUCAGUCUGAGACAUGGGAGAGGGAGAGUUCAAGCAUUUAGUUGUUGUCAAGUUCAAGGAAGGUGUGGUCGUUCAGGAUCUCAUCAAAGGGAUGGAGAAGAUGGUGUCAGAGAUUGACACUGUCAGGUCCUUUGAAUGGGGACAGGACAUUGAAAGCCUAGAUAUACUAAGACAAGGUUUCACGCAUGCCUUCCUGAUGACAUUCAACAAGAAGGAAGAGUUCGUUGCGUUUCAGGGCCACCCAAGUCAUGUGGAGUUCUCAACAGCGUUUUCAGCUGCUAUUGAGAAGAUCGUGGUGCUGGAUUUCCCAGCUACUCUGGUGAAAUCACCAGCUUGAUCCAUCAUAUCUCAACAUCCUCUGCUCAACCUAUCCACAAGAUUCCAUCUUUAAAGCUACAUAUGUAUCUGCUUGUCGUCAUCUCUUGUAUUUUUAUGGAUCCGUCCGUCCCAAGUGUUUCUCUUGUCUCGGACUUGUAGUAUGCAUGGCUUAUGAACUAUAAACUGCUUUGGCCAUCUCUUUAAUGAAUAUUUUCCCAUCCA